ACAGAGUUUCAAUUUGAAGUGGUACCUUGUUGUGAACAGAAGUAUUUUGAAAUUUAUUUCUUGAGCUAAGUCGUCGAAUAUUUUUGUGUACAAUUCGAAAACUUAUCAGUGGAACAACAGAAUCAUAAAUUUAUCAAAGCCAGUAAAUACCUGCACUUCAUCACCCACCAAACUCUGUCUGUAAAAUGCAUAUUCUUAUCACUGGAGCUGGAGGAUUUAUUGGUCAACUGAUCGCUUCCGCACUUCUGAACGACUCACAAUAUACGGUCACACUUGCUGGUAUAGUACAACCCAAGAUACCAGGAAACGUAAAAUAUCCACAAAAUGCUAAAACAGUAACAGCCGAUCUCAGUGACGCUACAUGUUUACCGUCCAUCGUAACAAAAGAUUUGAACGCCGUGUAUGUGCUCCAUGGCAUUAUGUCAUCUGGCUCGGAAGCAGACUUUGAGCUUGGCAUGCAAGGAAAUGUUUAUGCCACAAUGAAUCUGCUGGAAGCGCUCCGGAAAACAUGUCCCGGAGUUCGAGUCAUAUAUACUUCUUCAAUGGCCGUUUACGGCCGUCCAAUUCCAGAUGUAGUACACAAUGGUGUCAUACCGACGCCACAAUCAUCAUAUGGAGCGGAGAAAAUUGUCUGUGAAACGUUGAUAAACGACUACACACGUCGAAAGUUUAUCGAUGGCUUCAUUCUCCGCCUGCCAAGCAUUGUUGUGCGUCCAGGCGAACCGACAGCAGCAGCUUCGUCGUUUCUUUCUGGAAUGAUUCGAGAACCCUUUAGUGGCCUUGCAUGUAUCAUUCCCAUAGUCGAACGUUCGCUUGUUUCGUGGUUAUGCUCUCCACGCACCCUGGUCUGUAAUCUUCUACAUACACUUACCAUUCCAUCUGAUGCUCUACCAUCACAUAUUCGUCAGAUUAAUUUGCCUGGUAUCGGUGUUUCAAUACAGGAAAUGAUGGAUGCGCUGGCGAGUGUUGGUGGAGACAAUUUGUUAAAAUACUUAAAAGAGGAAAAUGAUGAGAAAUUGAUUCCCAUACUGAAGAGCUGGGCGACGGCUGUCGAUAAUGGUCCGGCGCUCGAACUGGGAUAUAAGAAAGAUGUUUGCUUUGAGGACAUAGUUCGAGAUUAUAAAAAUUUUCUGUUGCAGGCCUAAAGUCGUGCUGUUAAACGAACAUUUUUAUUCGCAAAAAAAACAAUCGGUUCGGUCAUGUUUGCGUUCCUAGCUUGAAAUAAACGAAAGUCGAAAGUCGAA